GCCUAUCACAUGACUGCAGCACUAUCGCCCUUUGCUCGCUGGCACUCUCAUCUCUGUCUGACCAGAAGGCAGUAGGCAGCAGCAGUCACUGGCUUUGUAAACACAACGUGCUGCGCUGCUUUGUUUCGGAACCGCCACCAUUCUGGGUCUAUCUCUAGCCAUGCCAUGGAUAUUUUGUGGCAAUAUCAAUUCAGGAUAAUUUUGCUAGGAGACUCGACCGUAGGGAAAUCAUCUUUGCUGAAGCGGUUUACAGAUGGAAUUUACAGCGAUGUAGCGGAUCCAACGGUCGGUGUUGAUUUUUAUGCCCGUUCGCUAGACAUCGAGCCAGGGAUUAAAAUCAAGCUUCAACUGUGGGACACGGCUGGACAGGAACGAUUUAGGUCCAUCACCACUUCCUACUACCGUAACUCAGUGGGCGGGCUCCUCGUGUUUGACCUGACCAAUCACAAGACCUUCGACCACGUGAGGGAGUGGCACAAGGAAGUGAGCGAGCACAUCCUGCCGCACAACAUGGUCUACAUCCUGAUUGGCCACAAAAGCGACCUUAACAAGGACCGGAAGGUGACGCAGGACGAGGCUGAGCAGCUGGCGGCGGAGAUGGGGAUACGCUAUGUGGAGACGUCGGCUAAGUGCAACAGCAACGUGGACCGGGCCUUCCAGCUGCUCAGCAGGGACAUCUAUGAGCUGAUGAAGAUGGGGCAGAUCACCACGAGGGACGGAUGGGAUGGGGUGAAGAGUGGCCUCACUACCAGGGUCCUGUACCCGGGCGAUGAGGACAUUGAGGUGGAGCCGAGGGAGAAGAGUUGCAACUGCUGAGAGACUGACCCUCGAUCCCUGACCUCUGACCUCAUCAAGGGUAAUGUUCAUUACGCACCAAACGGAAGAAAACGGAUUGGAACAGAGAGGGACUACCUGGAAUUGUCCAUUAAGAAACGCAAAUGUAUCUUUUUCGUUGCGAAUCGUUCUGGAACGUGUUCCGAUGCGUUCCCUAAUAAACACGACUCAUGUCUCCACUGUUGUUCCCCCUCUCUUAUCUCCACAAGUAUCUCACAUCAUCUCACAGUUUAGUCAGUUUCCCAUUGAAACUAAGCCAUGGUCUAAAGUAAGGCCCUUGUCCUGUCACGUGUGCACGUGUCACCAUAUGCCUAGUGUAGCUAGCCUGCCUUUCCUCUCUGUAUCAGUUCCUCCAGAGGUCAGGAUGGGGCUGUUUUCUGAUGGGAUUGUGGGAUACACAUCCUGAAGUACACAUCUUGAUGUGACAAACGCUUCUCUACAAACACAAAAGUCUGAGUCUUUAGGCCAAACACCAGAGUAAAUCCUUGCAGUGGAAUAGCAUCAUACAUGUACAUGCUAAACCUACACAGUUUAACAUCACCUGGGUAGCAUUGGGCCCAGUUAGGUAAGGCAGACACAGAGGCUGCAUUUACAGAGGCAGCCCAAUCCUGAUAUUUUGCCCAAUUAUUGUUCUUUUAACCAUUGAGAAGAGAUCUUUUGACAAUUUGGGCUGCUUGUGUAAACGCAGCCCGAGACACCUGCGUGACAGCGAUCAGGCCUUGGGGUAUUCCAGUAUGUAUUCUAUUCCUUCCUGGCAGCAUCCUUUUCCUUCCUGGCAGCAUCCUUUUCCUUCCUGGCAGCAUCAUUUUCCUUCCUGGCAGCAUCCUUUUCCUUCCUGGCAGCAUCCUUUUCCUUCCUGGCAGCAUCCUUUUCCUUCCUGGCAGCAUCCUUUUCCUUCCUGGCAGCAUCCUUUUCCUUCCUGGAUGCCCUUUGCUGCCACAGGAGUUAUUGGAUUCUUAAGCAGGCAAGGUCUUGACUGGUGGACAAUGCAUUAUUGUGAUCUGGCAUCACUCCCAUUACAUUGUUGUGGGUUGACUCUGGUCUCCUGUGUGUGUGUGUGUGUGUGUGUGUGUGUGUGUGUGUGUGUGUGUGUGUGUGUGUGUGUGUGUGUGUGUGUGUGUGUGUGUGUGUGUGUGUGUGUGUGUGUGUGUGUGUGUGUGUGUGUGUGUGUGUUUGCAUGUGUGUGCUGUUGCUCUGCCUGCAGUCCCCUGAGACUGUACAUCAUGUCCGGUAUGGUCAGUGGUAUAAAAAGUAUCCAAUCAUCAUUCUUGAGUAAAAGUAAAAAUAUCUUAAUAGAAAAUGACUCAAGUAAAAGUGAAAGUCACCCAGUAAAAUACUACUUGAGUAAAAGUCUAAAAGUAUUUUGUUUUAAACAUACUUAAAAAGUAAAUGUAAUUGCAAAUAUAUACUUAAGUAUCAAAAGUAAAAGUAUUCAGAAUUUCAAAUUGCUUAUAUUAAGCAAACCAGGUGGCACACGACAGCACGCAGACAUACUUUACAAACAAAGAAUGUAUGUUUAGUGACCAGGGCAGGGUGGCCUAGUGGUUAGAGUUUUGGACUAGUAACUGGAAGGUUGCAAGUUCAAACCCCUGAGCUGACAAGGUACAAAUCUGUCGUUCUGCCCCUGAACAGGCAGUUAACCCACUGUUCCUAGGCCGUCAUUGAAAAUAAGAAUUUGUUCUUAACUGACUUGCCUGGUUAAAUAAAGGUAAAAUAAAAAUUAAUUAAUUAAUAAGUGUGUGAAUUGGACCAUUUUCCUGUCCUGCUAAGCAUUCAAAAUGUAACCCGUACUUUUGGGUAUCAGGGAAAAUGUAUGGACUAAAAAAGUACAUUAUUUUCUUUAGGAAUGUAGUAAAGUAAAAGUAGUCAAAAAUAUAAAUAGUAAAGUAAAGUACAGAUCCCCUCCCCCCAAAAACGACUUAAGUAUUACUUUAAAGUAUUUUUUACUUAAGUACUUUACAUUACCCCACUGGCUAUGGUUACCUCUGGUGUUAAAAGGUCAAUGAUAAUAGGCAGGGAGAAUAAACUGUACUCUAUAUGAGUCACCACCACCACCCCUCCUCUGUUCAUAUGGUCCUGUAGACUGCUAAUCUAUGUAAUUGCACACAACCCAAAUCUUGUUCAUGUUGCAUCAUGUUGUGAUCUUCCUACAUCAGAGCAGAUGUUUUCUAUUUUUUUUUUUUUUUUUUACAUAUCUAUCAUUUGUAGAACAUUGCUGAAGCCACAAACCCUUUUAAUGGUCUUUGCAUUUGUAUAUGUCAUAUUAAAAAACAAAAACAAACCUUCCAAGGUGGGCCUUCAAGGGGGAAAACCACCCCAAACAACAUCCCAAACAACAUCCCAAACAACAUUUAACUGGAAAGAGGUACUGGCUGAUGCCGAUUCUUUAAGACUUUAAGACGGCCCAAAUUGAUUAAAUGUGGGGCUUUUGUGACCGUAAUACUAAUUUAAGGGUUUUUUGGCUUUUUACAGGGUUUCCCAAACUCGGUCCUCGGACCCCAAGCGGUGCACGGUUUGGUUUUUACCCUAAAAAUACACAGCUGAUUCAAAUGAUCAAAGCUUGAUUAUUAGUUGAUUAUUUGAAUCAGCUGUGUAGUUCUAGGGUAAAAGCCAAAGCGUGCACCCCUUGGACUCCCGAAUACUGAGUUUGGGAAACUCUGUGUUAUUACAUUGUCUGGUUUAGAACAUGACUUUUCAGACCCUAAUGGCCUCCAUGCUCCAUCAGAAUGGUUCCAAUAUCAAGACAGACAUAAUCUUGCCAUGCCUAUAGGCCCUUUCGGUCUGCAGAGAGGCACAGGAAGAUAACUCUCUAGUUUCCCUAGACUACUACCUCUAUACUGCAAACCUCAGUGCAGAUAACAGUUGACCUGAGACUUGGCUGUAGACUGGUGUUACCAUGGCUCAGGGUCUAGAUAACAGCUCACUUUGCUUGGUCCCUCCUCCCUUCCUUCCCCUCAGCUCACCUUGUCCAUCUCCACACCCUGCACACUCUGUAGAUGGCAGGAGAGACAUUGUGCAUUCAGCAAAUGUGACUUUAUGUGAUAUUGUGUUCUAUGUUGGUUUUGUGUCCAGUGGUUAUUGGGCAAGGCACAGGAGCAUAUGGGCAGUAUCAUGGUCAUGCGACUUGACUUGUUGAAAGGAAUGUCUAAGUAACUAAUCUUUUGGGAGUUUUUUCAUACAUACUGGUAAACACCUUGCAAAGCCUCAGCAUACAAUUUCUUGACAAAAAAUAUGUCUUGCCUCUUUCUUUACAAAGUCUGAUGCAAAUGUAGUUUAGUUGUUCCCACACUCAUAAAUGUUUACCCUGUUUAUAAUUAUGUUGUGGCCGCUGUCUGUUUGGUCAUCACAAUUCAACUCCUUUUGAAAAGCAGAAAAUAUUUUCAUUCUAAGCCACAAAGGGAGUUAGAGACAAACCAUGUUCCUUACUGUAUGUAGUGCUGCCUUUUUUCAGCUUGCUGUGUCAUUUCUAACAGGGUUUAUUUUGUACAGCUGUAUUUUUUAUGCUUAUAAUAAUGAUCAAAUGUGCUGUGAUAUAGCUGCUUGUCAUUGAAUGCAACCUAUUCCUGAGCACUGACUUUGAUAAGGAUUCUUAUUGACUGUAUUGUUACAUCAGAUAGGAAGAAAACAGGAAUUAGGAAGCUGUGGUGCUGAUGAUGCCCGACGAUGGUCUAUAAACAAGGUGUAUCUAGAGAAAGGCCCCUGUCACUGAGAUGGAGCACAAGCUAUAUUCAACAGCCUAUUCAGGCUAAAUUGACAUGAAAGAAGAGAUUGAGCUUGGAUCUUGACACGUUGCCAGUAUAACUAGAAAUGUUUAGAUUUUAGAGCAGAAAAUUGAAAAUAAUUGAUGCUUUGGAAAGUGUUCAGUUGAUUAUAAAUGGUGGCCAUUUUCAUUUUUACAUUUACAUUUAAGUCAUUUAGCAGACGCUCUUAUCCAGAGCGACUUACAAAUUGGUGCAUUCACCUUAUGACAUUCAUUGUGAUGAUAGUUAUAUCAUAAUAGUGUAAUCUGAAUACCAAUUGACAAAACAAUCUAAUUAAAUUAGUAGUAUCCAACAGGUCCUUGAAAGUACAACAACAUAUGACAUAUCACUAAUGCAUUUUACUUGCAAAUUCUCUUUUUGGGGAGUCUUACAACUAGACACAGCAACACAGCAGCACAGUUGAUACUUCUAUUUAGCCUCUGACUGAGUCCAAUCACAGAUCACAGCUUGACAAAAUAAAUGUUAUUUAUUUUCUAUUCUAAAUGUUCUGUGCAAGGUACUCACUCUACUGUUAAAGGGUAUUCAAUCAAUAAACAAUAUUAUGUCCAUGGUGCCAUAUUGAUUGACCAUCUCCAUGCUAGGGUUGUGACGCCCUCUUUGGGUAACAACAGAACUGCAUACCUGACCCACUCAUCUGUAUCACAGUGCAAAUAAAUGACUACACUCCAACUGAAAAACAUACAACUGUGUAUGGUAAUAAUAUUGGUGUGCUUUCAUUUUCAUAAGCCUCUGUUGAAAAUCACAACUGUUAGUUGGCAUAAAUGAUCAAUAACUAAUCAAUAACAGAUUAAUAUCACUUGUGAAAAUGAAGCUGUUCACUGAUAUUGCUUUCACUUUUACCCCCCGCUCCUGUCCAAGCUCACCUGUAGAAACCAUAUAUAGACUUAUGGUAGAAACACAUGUGGUCCUUAAAGACUCAUCUGGAGGGAAGAAAUGCAGAUACACACAUGCUAAAUGAGCAAAUUCAUUUGAAUGAUUGUGCUUAUUUUAUAUGUGGUGAAAAGUCAAAUAAAUAUGAUGUUAAAUGAAAGAAAGACCUGAUGGAUUUAUAUGAUCAGAUCUUUUUAAAGAUCUUUAAUGAAAGUGAUGGUGAAGGUACAUUUUGUAAGGGAAGGGUCAGAGAGUACACAAUUGUUACCAGGAGGAAAAUGUGCAAGGGUCAUGCUUUUACAAUUUCAGUCAGGGGAAGGUUUAGUAUUUUGUAAUCGAUUAAAUGUUAUAUUGAUCACUGUUUGAGAAUGAGUUGCUUAUCAUAUCUCGAUGUGUGCUUGAUGCUGUCCCUCAUCCCUGAUUCUCUGCUGGGCGUGCAAUAUCAAGUGGAUAAGAGCGUCUGCUAAAUGACUUAAAUGUAAAUGUAAAUGUAAGUGCUCCUAGUAUGGUCUCAAUCAAAUAAUCCAUAGCCUGCCGUGCCUUUAGAAAGUAUUCAUACCCCUCGAAUUAUUCCACAUUUUGUUGUGUUACAGCCUGAUUUCAACAUGGAUUCAAAAAAAAUAUCUCACCCAUCUAUACACAAUACCCCAUAAUAACAAACUGGAAACAUGCUUUUAGAAAUUUUAGCAAAUAUAUUGGAUAGAAAAUACAGAAAUAUCUCAUUUAAACAAGUAUUAACACCCCUGGGUCAAUACUUUGUAGAAGCACCUUUGGCAGCGAUUACGGCUGUGAGUAUUUGUGGGUAAGUCUCUAAGAGCUUUCCACACCUGCUUGAAUUGAUUCAAGCUCUGUCAAAUUGUUUUUUGAUCAUUGCUAGACAACCAUUUUCAAUUAUGCCAUAGAUUUUCAAGUAGAUUUAAGUCAAAACCGUAAAUUGUCCACUCAGCAACUCCAGUGUAGAUUUGGCCAUGUGUUUUAGGUUAUUGUCCUGCUGAAACGUGAAUGAAUCUCCCAGUGUCUGGUGGAAAGCAGAUGAAGCAAGUUUUCCUCUAGAAUUUUGCCUGUGCUUAGCUCCAUUAUGUUUAUUUUUAUCCUGAAAAACGUCCUAGUCCUUAACGAUUACAAGCAUACCCAUAACAUGAUGCAGCCACCACUAUGCUUGAAAAUAUGGAGAGUGGUACACAGUAAUGUGUUGUAUUGUAUUUUCCCCAAACAUAACACUUUGUAUUCAGGACAAAAAGUGAAUUGCUUGGCCAAUUUUUUUGCAGUUGUAAACUAUAGAAAGCAGGUGCAGAAGGUGAGUUUAAUGAUAAGAAAGGCAGAUAAACAAAACAGGAGAUCUGUAGUGAAUGUGACCAAAACCAAUACUCCUGAUGACUAAGGCUACUGAGGGCUAAAUAAAGGGAGAUUAAUCAAGGCAAUGAUGAGGUGCAGGUGUGCGUAUUGAUGGUUUCCAGGACCAGUGGUCAGUAUACCGGCGAAGUCAAGCGCUAGAGCGGGGGAGUGGGAGUAGGCGUGACAGCAGUGCCUUGUCUCAAACAGGAUGCAUGUUUCGGAAUAUUUUUUAUUCUGAAUAGGCUUCCUUCUUUCACUCUAUCAAUGAAGUUAGUAUUGUGGAGUAACUACAAUGUUGUCGAUCCAUCCUCAGUUUUCUCCUAUCACAUUCAUUAAACUCUGUAACUGUUUUAAAGUCAC